AUGGGNCCUUGUACGGCUUCUAAGGCUGCCCAACUGGAAACAGUCCAAAGGGCUGCUACACGGUUCGUCGAAGGACUACGUGGGAUCAGCUACGAGGGACGACUGAGUGCAACCGAACUAUUCCCCAUGUCAUACAGACGACUGGGAGGCGACCUGAUCUACACCAGACGCAUCAUCCGGGGCGACUUUGGACCAGAAUUGCAGUUGGAAUCCACCCUGAAGAACAACAACCGCAUCAAGGAGCACGCACUGACGCUCCGCAAGAUGCAGUCGAUGCAGUCUGCCGCUGAUCUAUCGUCUGUUGAGGAGGGUGACAAAUCUCUGGAAUGCUCCUCCGGAGGAUGUGGUGGAAGAGCCAAACGACAGCAUUUUCGAGCUAAAACUCGACAGGCCCAUGAAGGAGCACUAGUCUGGUAUCAACACCUAAUCAGCCCAGUGGAGCACAUUGAGAUGCCCUUAACAAUUGGAGACUGA